AUGAUCAAUGAAGAGGGAUCUAUACAAGAUAAAUUACAAAGAUUUUUAAUGAUGUAUAGAAAAACACCUAACAGUACUACAGGAUUAAGCCCAGGUGAAAUGAUGUUUAAAAGAAUAUACAGAACUAGAAUUGACUUAGUAAAAAGACCACAGGAAUUAAGAAACAACAGUAAUGAAGAGAUAAUAGUAACCAAGGAAUUUCAAAGAGGAGAGAAAGUUCAAAUUCGAAUGUAUGACAGUAACAAAUGGAAAUUUGGUAACAUAGUAAAUAGAAAAGGAAAAUUACAUUAUGAAGUGGAAGUAGAUGGAAGAAUACACCAAAGACAUGUAGAUCAAAUCAUAAAGAUAUCAUGCUUAGAUAAUAACUUUAGAAUACCAGAUACUUACCUGAUUAAACCAAGAGAAUCAGUAGCAAAUUAUACACCAAAAUUACCUGAAAAAGACCUAUUACCUGGAAAGAACAUACUACCUGGAAAAGACUUACUCCCUGGAAAAGACUUACUCCCUGGAAAAGACUUACUCCCUAAAAAAGACUUACUACCUGAAAAAGACCUUACAACUACACAUGCUAACGCUACAAGAAGGGAAUCCAUACCUCACACUGAAACCUCGGAAGUGGACAAGCCAGAGACACCUCAAGCAACGCCAGAUAUACCUCCUACUACACAGGCUGAAAUUGAACCCCGUCGUAGUACCCGGAUUCGACGACCACCAAACCGGUUGAACUUUUAA